AUGCCUGUUACCAAGGGAGACACUCUCGUCGUUGACUCCGCCACCCUCACUCAGAAGGAGGUGAACAUUCUUUGGCAGCAAUCCUUGAAAAGCAGAUCUCAGGAGUACUACCUUGUCACCUACACCAACACUACCCGCGCCUCGGAGGGCGAACAUUCGGGACUCCUCUUCAUCCAGAAGAACAUGCUCGAUGCAUUCAAGGCAAAGCAUGUCGCCGGAAAGACGGAAAUUACAUUCAUAGUCGAUGACACCUUCCAGUACGGCCAGGAUAAGUCCCAAAGUCACCGUUGGCUUGCAUUUCAUGACAAGAGCCAGAAGAUGUAUCAGCACCGCUUCGUCGAAAACACACUCAUAAAAUUCGCUAAUGCGGGUUUAGAUAUCGCAGAGAAGCUCGGAGUCCCUAACGCGAAGGACGCCUCCAGCGUCAAGAAUUUCAUCAGCAACUAUGCGGGUGACUACCUUCACAACUUCUGA